UGCUGCUAGCAGAAAAGUAGUGGAUUUCCAAGCUUUUGGAGCGCUGUAUUUUCUGCCUGUCUAUAUUUGGAUCUGUGUGCGUUUAACAGUAGUAAAUACGGAUUGGCUGAAUCGUUCAUUAUAGAUAUUGCAGACUGGAUCUUGACAUAUGUAACCUAUCUCCAAUUGGAAUAAAUAAUUGAGGAAUGUGGAAAUUACAGAAUGCCCAACAGCGUUGGAAAGAGAUUUAAACCCACCAAAUACAUCCCGGUAUCUACUGCUGCCACUCUUCUUGUGGGAUCCACCACCUUAUUCUUCGUUUUUACGUGCCCCUGGUUGACCAAGGCGAUCUCCCCCGCUGUGCCUCUCUACAAUGGCGUCGUCUUCCUCUUUGUGCUGGCAAACUUCAGCAUGGCUACCUUCAUGGACCCUGGAGUCUUCCCCAGAGCGGAGGAGGACGAGGACAAGGACGAUGAUUUCCGGGCGCCUCUCUACAAGAACGUGGAGAUCAAGGGAAUUCAGGUCCGGAUGAAGUGGUGUGCCACCUGUCACUUCUACAGACCGCCCCGCUGCUCCCACUGCAGCGUGUGUGACAACUGCGUGGAGGACUUUGACCACCACUGCCCCUGGGUGAACAACUGCAUCGGACGCAGGAACUACCGUUACUUCUUCCUGUUCCUGCUGUCGCUAAGCAUCCACAUGGUCGGCGUGUUCUCCUUCGGCCUACUGUUCGUGCUGCACCACAUGGAGCGGCUGGGCACGCUGCACACUACCAUCACUCUGGUGGUGAUGUGUAUAGCAGGGCUCUUCUUCAUUCCAGUCAUGGGCCUGACAGGCUUCCAUAUGGUCCUUGUCGCCAGAGGUCGCACCACUAACGAACAGGUGACGGGCAAGUUCCGCGGAGGAGUAAAUCCCUUCACGCAGGGUUGCUGUGGCAACAUCAAGUAUGUCCUGUGUGCUCCCUUGGUGCCCAGGUACACAGGUGUGGACCCCAGGAAGAGGCCCCCUGUCUCCAUCCAGCCCCCCUUCAUCAGACCAGACAUCUCUGACAGGCAGAUCAGCAUCAAGGUCAGCGACAACGGGAUCCACACCAGUAUCCUCCGGUCUAAAUCCAAGAUCAGUCUGGAUGGCCUGGCCUUGGAUGACAAAGGCCUAGACACCCAGCCCCCGCUGCCCCCCAAAGCAGACCGCUACAACCAGCUGAAGAGCCAGCUGACAUCCAGCGAAGAUCGUUCCCUAACUGGCAAGACCCACCCCUCCACCCCGGCCAUGUACAAGUACCGGCCCUCGUUCGGCACCAUCCCUAAAGUCCACUACAACUCGGCAGGGGAGACGAUUGUAAUGCCAGAUGACCACCGUAAGGCGUCAGCCAUCUUGGAGGAGGGCCGUUGCCACGUUGACUACCGCUCAGAGCCCAACCUGGACCUGCCUGACUACCACAAUGCCCCUCUCCACCGCACCUUCCAGUCCUCCCCACUGCAGCUGGACUCCUACCUCAUCAACUCCCGCUCCCUCAGCCUGAAGCAGGCCCACCAGCGCAGGGACAAGGGCCAGCUGCCUACCCUGCAGCCCGAGACCGUCACCUCCACCCCGUACAAGAGCGUCUUCUCCCCCAACACACUGUCCAACCGCAACGGCAGCCUCUCCUACGACAGCCUGCUCAACCCCAGCAUUUCCCCAGCCGCAGAGGCAGAGUGCAUGGCCCACCCCGGUUUGCCCUCUAUGGGCUUCCACACACCCUACCUGCCAACCAAAAUGUGCCAUGUGGGGGGGCCUGAACUGCAGAGCCAGAGGCAGCAGGUCCCCCCUAGCUUCAGCCCCAUGUUGGGCUCCAGGGGGAUAGGGAUGAGCAUGAGCACGCAGUCCCCCCAGGGCCGGGACCCGUCCCCGGUGCGCUACGACAACCUCUCCAAAACCAUCAUGGCAUCCAUCCAGGAGCGUAAGGAGAUGGAGGAGAAGGAGAAGCUGCUGCUGCACCACGGGGGACACUCCCAGGCCUAUAAUCAGGCUCAGGACUCAGGCAUGUUUGACAGCCCUGGAGGUUACGGCCUGCCUCCUAGCGCCUGCUACCCAGAUGGGCCCCGGGGCCCUAGCUCCAAAGGCCCCACACCCCCGGCCUAUGGAGGUUCCAGGGACAACCUGAUGGGGUUGGUGAGCUACGGGCCACGGACCCCCGUGCUGCGCACCUCUGGUGGCUCCUCUCUGGUACGUGCCCCCAGGACUUCCUCUAGCUCCUUGCACACUGAGCCCUCCUACCGCUCCCCAGCCCACCAGCCCCACCACUCCCCCGCCAUGCCCCAAUCCCCCUCCUACACCCACCAGAAACUCUCCUUUAUCCAUGCCCUGGAGAGGACAGAUUCACCCCGCCUGGGUGGCCCAAGAGAGGCCAUGAUGCAAAGUAACGUGAAUGGGCAAACGGACUGCCAUCUAGGGCCCAACAGCUCCAGUGCCCAGGGCAACCCUCUCAGCCCUAGCCGCCACAGUAAUGUCAAAAAGGUGACCGGGGUGGGUGGCACCACCUAUGAGAUAUCUGUGUGAGAGGGCUGGGGCCCGGGGCGCCAAACCUUAAAGGAGAAGGCAGCAUUGUCAUGGCAACCACCUCCAAUGGCAACAACAUCCACGACCGCGCUAGAGAGGCUUCUCUUAUUCCUUUUACCUUUUUUAAUUCGACAUUAACCAAUCAGGGGCGCAGAGCACUUCCUCAUUGGGAAUUAUUGUCCAAUCAGAGGACUUCUGCUCAUUCCGGGCCAGCCCCGGUCUCUGUGUGUGUACUGGAGGAGUGGAUCUUGAUCAGUGUGUGUUGUGGGAAAAGAGCAACUUCAACCGAAAGAGGGCUGAUGUUUGUACAGAGUGUUGUGUUGUUGAAUUCUGUGGCUUGUUGUGUUGGUUAUCACUGAACAGUCUGAAUCAGACAGACAGAUCUUAAAUGUAUUGUUUACGGCGUCUCUCAGUUGAGGUCUAUCUGCUGUUAUAAAUUGGGUGGAUCGAGCCCUGAAUGCUGACUGGCUGAUUUGACAAAACAUUUAUUUUUACUGUUCUAAUUACGUUGAUAACCAGUUUAUAAUAGCAAUAAGGCACCUUGGGGGUUUGUGGUAAAUGGCCAAUAUACCACAGCUAAGGGUUGUAUCCAGGCACUCUGCGUUGCGUUGUGCAUACGAACAGCCCUUAGCCGUACCGCCCUUAGCCGUGGUAUAUUGGCCGUAUACCACACCCCCACGGGCCUUAUUGCUUAAUUAUGUGUCAUCAUCACACUCACUACACACCCACACAGACCACAAGAUGUUAACAGCCAGACACACAAACUCAUACAAUUGAUGUCACACAUCUUUGUUCAGUCACAUUCUUUAAAAUAGCCGUGGUAUGGAUAGCCAUCUCCAAACCAAUAAGUCAUGCAUAUAGCAGCACCCCAUUGGAUUCAAGCAUACAGCAUCCCUCUUAGGCAUUCAAAGUGCUUCACAUAUCCUGUCCAAAUGACCAUGUCUGUCUGGUCCAUCAACACCAUGUUGGCCAUUACUGAGCGGAACAGAGAGAAGAUUACAUUAAACCAGUGCGUUUUAGAUCAAUACAAUCUUUAAUAGGCUGACUGUUCUGAGCCAAAGACAACACAAUGGUGCCGUGUUGCACUCAGAGACACAGGUCUUGAAUGUCUCCAACUCUACAUUUAUCCUCUGAGUUUUGAGGAGGUGUUUUAGGGCUUACAGUACAGGAGCAUAUUAAUCUAAACUCUAGCUGAGAUCCAGUAUUUACCUAUACAGUAUACCAUAAGCUACAGUCUGUACGUUAUCAGCAACAUACAGUGCAUUCGGAAAGUAUUCAGACACCUUGACUUUUCCACAUUUUGUUACGUUACAGCCUUAUUCUAAAAUUGAUUAAAAUAAAUGUGUUCCCUCAUCAGUCUACACACAAUACCCCAUAAUGGCAAAGCGAAAACAGGUUUUUAGAAAUGUUAGCACAUUUCAAAUAAAAUAAAAAACAGAAAUACCUUAUUUACAUAAGUAUUCAGACCCUUUGCUAUGAGACUCGAAAUUGAGCUCAAGUGCAUCCUGUUUCCAUUGAUCAUCCUUAAAAUGUUUCUACAACUUGAUUGGAAUCCACCUGUGGUAAAUUCACUUGAUUGGACAUGAUUUGAAAAGGCACACACCCGUCUAUAUAAGGUCCCACAGUUGACGGUGAAAACCAAAGCAAAAACCAAGCCUUGAGGUUGAAGGAAUUAUCCGUAGAGCUGCAAGACAGGAUUGUCUCGAGGCACAGAUCUGGGGAAGUGUACCAAAACAUUUCAGCUGAAUUGAAGGUCCCCAAGAGCACAAUGGCCUCCAUCAUUCUUAAAUGGAAGAAGUUUGGAACCACCAAGACUCUUCAUAGGGCUGGCAGCCUGGCCAAACUGAGCAAACGGGGGAGAAGGCCCUUGGUCAGAUAGAUGAAUAAAAAAGCUCUGACAGAGCUCCAGAGUUCCUCUGUGGAGAUGGGAGAACCUUCCAGAAGGACAACCAUCUCUGCAGCACUCCACCAAUCAGACCUUUAUGGUAGAGUGGCCAAACGGAAGCUAAUCCUCAGUAAAAGGCAUAUGGCAGUCCACUUGAAGUUUGCCAAAAGGCACCUAAAGACUCUCAGACCAUGAGAAACAAGAUUAUCUGGUCUGAUGAAACCAAAAUUGAACUCUUUGGCCUGAAUGCCAAGCGUCACGUCUGGAGGAAACCUGGUACCAUUACUACGGUGAAGCAUAGUGGUGGCAGCAUCAUGCUGUGGGGACGUUUUUCAGCGGCAGGGACUGGGAGACUAGUCAGGAUCGAGGGAAAGAUGAACGGAGCAAAGUACAGCGAGAUCCUUGAUGAGAUCCUGCUCUAGAGCGCACAGGACCUCAGACCGGGGUGAAGGUUCGUCUUCCAACAGGAGAACGACCCUAAGUACACAACCAAGACAACACAGAGCUUGAGAGGAUAUGCAGAGAGGAAUGGGAGAAACACCCCAAAUACAGGUGUGCCAAGCUUGUUCCAUCAUCCCCAAGAAGACUCGAGGCUGUAUUCGCUGCCAAAGGUGCUUCAACAAAGUACUGAGUAAAGGGUCUGAAUACUUACGUAAAUGUAAUAUUUCAGUUUUUUUCUUUUUUUUUAAUUAGCAAAAAAUUCUAAAAACCUGUUUUUGCUUUGUUGUUAUGGGGUAUUGUGUGUAGAUUGAUGAGGGAAAAAUACUUUCCCAAUGCACUGUUCAUGUAGUCCAACAUCCUAUUUAUUAGUUUGAAUGUUAUGUUAGAGUGACCCCCGACACAGACCAGUGCUAAGCACAUACACAAAAGCCUGUGCUACUGAAUAUUACAGUGUUGGCUGUUGUCUGUGAUCAGUUCUGAACACCCAGUCAAAACAGUCCUCUCCAUAUUCAGUACAAAUCCCACCAGCUUGGCAGUCAGCCAUGCACAGCCAAAACAUCUGACAGGCAAUUUAUGACUUUUGUGACUUAGUAGUUUUUUGUAAAAUAGGUCUACCCAUAAUAAGUUAUGUUAAUGCCAUGUAUAAUUGUGUUUUGUUAUGAUUCAAAUCAAGUGUGAAAAAACCUUGAAAAUCAAAGAAUUCUUCAGCUGUGUUAUAAAAUAAAGAAAACUCACCAUUGUUUUUCAAAAUUAUUAUUAUUUAAUUUUUUAUAUAUAUACCCAACCUUUCGAAAACGUUUGCAACAUCUUGCUUUUUAUACAGAUGCUCAAGCUUGGAAUGGAUGUUUGUAUUUGAGUGGAUUUUUGUGUUGAUAAUUUAUAACUUAAGUGAAUAAUAAAUAGCAUUAGGCAUACAGAGAAGGGGGUAUACUAGUUUGUUGUAUUUUGCAAUGUAAAAAAAGUUAUUGAUGAAACUGUAUGAUGAAGCAAUGAAAGCCAUAGGAAGCAGAUGUUGGUUAAAAAGUGGCUACUUACCCUGACUCUGUUAACGCUCAGGGUAAUCCUGACUGUCAGUCUGUCUGUCCAGAACAUCAACAGGUUUCAGACUGAAGACAAGAAAUCCAUCUUUCAGCAGCUGUUUGGUACAGCAAAACAAUUGUAUUACGUAAGACGUACAGAAAGUCAUACAUAAAACUAUGGGACUGUUUUUUUUUUGUUCACUGAAGGAAAUAAGAUAUAUUUGGUCUAUUAUUUUUGUUCAUAAAAAAAAUCACUGUACACUGAAAAAAAAGAUAAACGCAACAUGUAAAGUGUUGGUCCAAUGUUUCAUGAGCUGAAAUAAAAGAUCUCAGAAAUGUUCCAUACACAAAUUUGUUUACAACCCUGUUAGCGAGCAUUUCCACUUUGCCAAGAUUUUUGUAAUCCUUUAUUUAAGUAGGCAAGUCAGUUAAGAACAAAUUCUUAUUUACAAUGACGGCCCACCCCGGACGACACUGGGCCUAUUGUGCACCACCAUUAAGGACUCCCAAUCACAGCUGGAUGUGAUACAGACUGGUUUUGAACCAGGGACUGUAGUGACACCUCUUGCACUGAGAUGCAUAGCCUUGGACCACUGUGGCACUCGGGAGCUCAAGAUAAUCCAUCCACCUGACAGGUUUGGCAUAUCAAGACGCUGAUUAAACCGCAUGAUCAUUACACAGGUGCACCUUGUGAUGGGAAUAAUAAAAGGCCAUUAUAAAAUGUGCAGUUUUGUCACACAACACAAUGCCACAGAUAUCUCAAGUUUUGAGGGAGGGUGCAAUUGGCAUGCUGACAGCAGGAAUGUCCACCAGACCUGUUGCCAGAUAAUUUUAUGUUAAUUUCUCUCCCAUAAGCCACCUCCAACGUCGUUUUAAAGAAUUUGGCAGUACGUCCAACCAGCCUCACAACUGGGCAGGCAUGAGCUACGGACAACGAACACAAUUGCAUUUUAUCGAUGGCAAUUUGAAUGCACAGAUACUGGGACAAGAUCCUGAGGCCCAUUGUCGUGCCAUUCAUCCGCCGCCAUCACCUCAUGUUUCAGCAUGACAAUGCACAGCCCCAUGACGCAAGGAUCUGUACACAAUUCCUGAAUGCUGAAAAUGUCCCAGUUCUUCCAUGGCGUGCAUACUCACCAGACAUGUCACCCAUUGAGCAUGUGUGGGAUGCUCUGGAUUGACGUGUACGACAACAUGUUCCAGUUCCCGCCAAUAUAGAGCAACUUCGCACAGCCAUUGAAGAGGAGUGGGACAACAUUCCACAGGCCACAAUCAACAGCCAGGUCAACUCUAUGUGAAGCAGAUGUUUCGCGCUGCAUGAGGCAAAUGGUGGUCACGCCAGAUACUGACUGGUUUUCUGAUCCAUGCCCCUACCUUUUUUAAAAGGUAUCUGUUACCAAUAUAUGCAUAUCUGUAUUCCCAGUCAUGUGAAAUCUGUAGAUUUGGGCCUAAUUUAUUUAUUUCAAUUGACUGAUUUCCUUAUAUGAACUGUAACUCAGGUAAAUCUUUGAAAUUGUUGCAUGUUGCGUUUAUAUUUUUGUUCAGUGUAGUGUUUUGCAUCUUUCUUUUCUUGUUUGUAAAAGGCUGUCUGAACAUGAGGUGAAAAAUGUAACCUGGACAUUUGCCCGUUCUGUGUUAAUGACAGAAUAGACAGUGCAUUCAGAAAGUAUUCAGACCCCUUGACUUUUUCCACAUUUUGUUAAGUGACAGCCUUACUCUAAAUUGGAUUAAAUUGUUUUGUUUCAUCAUCAAACUACACACACUACCCCAUAAUGACAUAGCAUAAACAGUUUUUUAGAAAAACGGAAAUAUUACAUUUACAUAAGUAUUUAGACCCUUUACUCAGUACUUGUUGAAGCACCUUUGGCAGCGAUUACAGCCUCGACUUGAGUAUAUCGCUACAAGCUUGGCACACCUGUAUUUGGGGAGUUUCUCCCAUUCUUCUCUGCAGAUCCUGUCAAGCUUUGUCAGGUUGGAUGGGGAGCGUCGAUUGCAUAGCUAUUUUCAGGUCUCUCCAGAGAUGUUCGAUUGGGUUGAAGUCCGGGCUCUGACUGGCCCACUCAAGGACAUUCAGAGACUUGUCCCGAACCCACUCCUGCAUUGUCAUGGCUAUGAGCUUAGGUUCGUUGUCCUAUUGGAAGGUGAACCUUCACCCCAGUCUGAGGUCCUGAGCUCUCUGGAGCAGGUUUUCAUCAAGGAUCUCCCUGUACUUUGCUCCGUUCAUCUUUGCCUUGAUCCUGACUAGUCUCCCAGUCCCUGCUGCUGAAAAACAUCCCCACAGCAGGAGGCUGCCACCACCAUGCUUGACCAUAGGGAUGGUGCCAGGUUUCCUCCAGACGUGAUGCUUGGCAUUCAGACCAAAGAGUUCAAUCUUGGUUUCAUCAGACCAGAGAAUUGUCUGAGAGUCUUUUGGUGCAUUUUGGUAAACUCCAAGCGGGCUGUCAUGUGCCUUUUACAGAAGAGUGGCUUCCGUCUUGCCGCUCUACCAUAAAGGCCUGAUUGGUGGAGUGCUGAAGAGAUGGUUGUCCUUCUGGAAGGUUCUCCCAUCUCCACAGAGGAAUUGUAGAGCUCUGUCAGAGUGAUCAUCGGAUUCUUGGUCACCUCCCUGACCAAGGUCCUUCUCCCCCGAUUGCUCAGUUUGGCCGGGCAGCCAGCUCUAGGAAGAGUCUUGGUGGUUCCAAACGUUUUCCAUUUAAGAAUGAUGGAGGCCACUGUGUUCUUGGGGACCUUCAAUGCUUUUUGGUACCCUUUCCUUGAUCUGUGUCUUGACACAAUCCUGUCUCGGACCUCUAUGGACAAUUCCUUCGGCCUCAUGACUUGGUUUUUGCUAUGACAUGCAUUGUCAACUGUGGGACAUUAUAUAAACAGGUGUGAACUCCAAUGAAGUUGUAGAAGCACCUCAAGGAUGAUCAAUGGAAACAGGAUGCACCUGAGCUCAAUUUCGAGUCUCAUAUCGAAGGGUCCGAAUACUUGUGUAAAUAAGGUAUUUCUGUUUUUUAUUUUUGAUGCAUUUGUAAAAAUGUCUUAAAAUCUGCUUUUGUUUUGUCAUUAUGGGGUAUUGUGUGUAGAUUGCUGUGGAUUUGUUAUUUAUUUAAUCAAUUUUAGAAUAAGGCUGUAACGUAACAUAAUUUUGAAAAAGUCAAGGGGUCUGAAUACUUUCCGAAGACACUGUACAUGGAUGAAAAGUAUUCUAUUUGCUUGCAGCUACACAACUAAUCAAUUAUAUUGCCAUUGUGGCCUUUCAAGAGGACAAUGAUGUUUACUGCACAAAUACAUCUGAUGGAAUUGAUUGAGAUUGAAUAGAACAGAUAGCCAGGUUGCAGGUUGCCAUUAAAAAGUCCAAACAUGCUUGUGACUGAAUGGUCCCACUUAUGGAUGGUAGAGUCCUUUUUAAUAACAUAUUUUUAAAGCCAAAAUAAUUGUACCUAUUUAUCAAGAUACUCACUUUACUUAAAGUACCAUAAUUCUACAUAUACUGUAAUAAAUGCAUGUAUAUAUUGUACACACAGUGCUGUUUCUAGGCACAAUCCACAUAAGCAGCAGCUUAAAAAGAAGGGGCCACUAAAAUGUAGAUCUCGCUUAGGGCCCCCAAAUGCUAGAUUUGUGCUACAUUUUAAUAUAUCACAGACAGAGUACACAGGCAGAUGUGACCCUCGCAUUUUUAUUUGUUUACCUGUCCAAGAUAAAGCAAAGCAGUGCGACACAAACAACACAGAGUUACACAUGGGUUAAACAAACGUACAGUCAAUAACACAACAGAAAAAUCUAUGUACAGUGUGUGCAAAAAGUAUUCUUUUUUUUUGCAUUGAAGACAGUACAGAAGAGAAUACCCCGUGCCAGGGAAUGUUAUUUUAGGCUCUUGUUUGUGACACAUGCCAUUCCAAUUCUCCAUCUUAUCAUAUUAUCAGUGCAAUUGCAGACCACAAGCUUAAAAUAUGAGGUUACACAUUAAUAACAACUGGUCUGACCCCAUAGCAGACCCUGAUUGUAAUAUAUUAAACGUGGCAAUGGCAGCUAGUUAGGUUACUAUGCCAUACAUAUUUUAAGUUGAAUGUACAUAUUGGGUCACUUGUCUCAUAAUAGUUUCAAUUUAAUCUUGAGAUGAUCACUUGUUUUAUGGGAAUAAAAAUAUUUAACUCAAAUUCACCUGUGGUUCUUGCAGGUGACCCAACAUUGUUUAUACAUACUUGAAUCAUCCCCCUCAAGCACACACUUAUGACGAAAGUGAUUAUUAAUCUUCCUUUGGAUGACUGACAUUUUAUAAAUUUUUCCUGUGUUUUGUCUGAUGAACAUUACACCAAGUGUAACAGUAGUAACUUUACGUCGUCCCCUCGCCCCGACACGGGCGCGAACCAGGGACCCUUUGCACACAUCAACAGUCACCCAUGAAGCGUCGUUACCCAUCGCUCCACAAAAGCCCCGGCCCUUGCAAAGCAAGGGGCAACACUACUUAAGUCUCAGAGCAAGUGACGUAACUGAUUGAAAUGCUACUAGCGCGCACCCGCUAACUAGCUAGCCAUUUCACAUCCGUUACACAAGUCACCUCACCUGAAUAAUAUGGACUAGUGCAGAAUACCUGUUGUUGUUUGUCUUGCUUAUCAUAAUCAGAUGUAGCAUUUUUUUUUUUUACAUUUGUUAUAUGAAUAGAAAAAUGAAAGAUGUAAGGUGCAUUCGGAAAGUAUUCAGACCCCCUUGACUUUUUCCACAUUUUGUUACGUUUCAAUACUUUGUAUCCCUAAUUUACUUGUUUCCAUUAUUUUAGCAGUUACCUGUAAAUGCUUAAUAAUUAUUUUUGUUAAAAGGAAAUAUUUGCCACUUGACAGAAUUAGAAUUUAAAAAAUGUUGUCAAGCCUAAGGAUGAACCAUACUGAAAAAUUAUAUGUAAAGUGUUGGUCCCAUGUUUCAUGAGCCGAAAUAAAUUAGCCCAGAAAUGUUC